UUCAAAACCGGUUUGAUAUUUUCGGUUACACUUUCUUUCUGCGUGGUCCCGAUGCUCCUCCUCUGACAAAAAGCAAGCAAGCUAAAGAGGAAUCAGAAUCAAUUCCCGAUCAAGGCAAAAGAAGAAAAAAACACAUUUAGGGUUGAAAACGCAGUUACAGAUCGUCAAGAGAGAAAAAAAUGGAAGGAUGGGAUCCGAGCACGAAGUCGACGUUAACGCGGAUCCCUCUUCUGACAACAAAAGCGGGACCAAGAGACGGCGAUGCAUGGAAACAGAGGCUUAAAGAGGAGUACAAGUCACUGAUCGCGUAUACACAGAUGAACAAGUCCAACGACAAUGAUUGGUUCCGCAUCUCCGCCUCCAACCCCGAAGGUACGCGUUGGACUGGCAAGUGCUGGUACGUUCACAACCUCCUCAAAUACGAGUUCGAUCUCCAGUUCGAUAUCCCCGUCACCUACCCUGCAACUGCUCCCGAGCUUGAGUUGCCUGAGAUUGACGGCAAAACCCAAAAGAUGUAUCGAGGUGGGAAGAUUUGCCUGACUGUUCAUUUCAAGCCGCUCUGGGCUAAAAACUGUCCUAGGUUUGGUAUAGCACAUGCACUUUGUUUGGGGCUUGCUCCAUGGCUUGCUGCAGAGAUUCCAAUCCUUGUGGACUCUGGCAUGAUUAAGCACAAAGAUGACGCAGCCUCCUCUACUGAAUCUUAAGUCUAUCUAUCUCAGAGUUGAGAGGUUAUGUUAGUCAGUUAUAGCUGAACUCAUAAAUUUCUGAAGCGGAUGGUCUUCUCUAUAAAAAACUUGCAAACGUCUUUUAUCCUUUUUAUUAUGUUUGUGGAAGUUCAUUGUCUUGUUCCAGUGAAUUUGGAUCAUAACCACUUUACACAACAUUUAAUGUAUUUAACGAAAACUAA